ACUGUCCUCCAAAUAAGAAGUACGUCACUCGUGCUCCUGAGCAUGGCUAGUGUGAGGUGAUGGCGGGAGGAGGGAUGCUACUAGUGACUGAAGUAAGUGACGGAGGGGAGCAGAAAGUGCCUGUGUGAGCCGAGGACAGCAGCAGCAGGUUACACCCCCUCCCUGGCUGGAGACUGACAUAGGAUUGAGUGCAAAGUAAGCCCCACAGCACCCACCCCCUUUCCCAGCAGAGCAGCCUGCAACCAUUCAUAUCAGCAUACACACGCACAUAGAAAUAUGUAUAUGUGGAGAAUGCCCUGCACGUCGAGGAAGUGUGCCGCCAUUUCAUGGGAGUUACUUUGUAGCCAGUCCUGAGAGGACUCCGUGUGCAAUGAGCCUCUGCCGGACUUUCUCUGCCAGGCUCAUGGUCUUCCCUGUCUUUUCCGUGGGAUCCUCCCCUAUUCUAACCUGAGCUCGUCUCCACAGCGAGGACACCGCAGCCCUAGCAAGGACCUUUAUUCAAGGCCAGAAGGUUUGAACUCCACCAUCAAGCAGCAACACACUCGCAACCCUGCUCAUUCCAGCCAUGAACAAGGUCCUGGGAGAGGACCAAAACAUUGGCCAUUAUCUUAUGUAUUGCUUGCGAGGAUAGGUCAAUGACAUUAAGCCACUGCACAACCCAUUUAAAGUGGAUGCUAGACCAGGAUCAAAAUGUGUCACCUAUCUGCAGGAUGGAAGAAAAGAGGAGGAAGUUCUCUGUAAGCAGCGAUGACUCUGACACCACUGAUAGUCACGCCACGUCUUGGUCAAGAUGUUCCAAAACACCAACUACCAAAAACACAUGGACCAGACAGAAGGAGAAGAAACCAUCAGAGGUUUUUCGUACCGAUUUAAUAACUGCAAUGAAAGUUCCAGAUUCCUUCCAGUUUGCACCAGAUGACUUUUACAUAUUGGCUGAUCCUUGGAGGCAAGAAUGGGAAAAGGGAGUGCAGGUACCAGCAGGCUUAGAAGCAGUGCCUGAACCACAUGUCAGGUUGUUUGAAACACAGGAGGAAAUUUCACCAUCAACAGUAGAAGAUUCAUUUCCUGAAAUAGAGCCUCCAAGGGGCUUCCGGACUUUGACAAAGAGAUCCUGCAGAUAUGACCUGGAUGAGGUGGACACAUACUGGUUGGAAAUUGUUAACACAGAGUUCAGAAAAAUGGAAAUGCCACGGCUGGAUGAGCUCACCCUAGAGAAAGUCCUGGAGGAGUUAGAGAUGCUCUGCUAUAAGAAUAUGAAUGUGGCCAUUGAGACAGAGGAAGGGUUGGGGAUAGAAUAUGAUGAAGAUGUCGUCUGUGAUGUUUGCCGCUCACCUGAGGGUGAAGAUGGAAAUGAGAUGGUGUUCUGUGAUAAGUGCAAUGUCUGCGUGCAUCAGGCUUGCUAUGGAAUCCUUAAAGUUCCCACAGGAAACUGGCUCUGUCGAUCUUGUGCACUUGGCGUUCAAGCAAAAUGUUUACUUUGCCCAAAGAGAGGAGGAGCUUUGAAGCCUACAAGAAGUGGGACUAAAUGGGUCCACGUUAGCUGUGCCUUAUGGAUACCUGAAGUCAGCAUUGGUUGUCCAGAAAAGAUGGAGCCUAUUACUAAGAUUUCACACAUCCCACCAAGUCGAUGGGCUUUGUCCUGCAGCCUGUGUAAAGAAUGCACCGGUACUUGUAUCCAGUGUUCCAUGCUGUCCUGCGUUACUGCGUUCCAUGUUACCUGCGCCUUUGAUCACCACCUAGAGAUGCACACCACCUUGGCAGAGAAUGAUGAGGUGAAAUUCAAGUCCUAUUGUCUGGAACACAGCAAAGGAGCCACCAAACCAGAGGAUCAGUGCAGCCAAAGACCAUCCUCAUCUGUUGCCUCAGCAGAUGCUGACCAAUUACAGCAGGAUCUUGAAAAGGUCACCUUGAGAAAACAGAAGCUCCUGCAACUGGAGGAGGAUUUCCAUGAACUUGUUAAGUCAGAGGAUGUGGCGGAGAACAUAAAUGUGAACAAGAACGUGGUUGACUUUAUUUACCAGUACUGGAAGCUGAAGCGGAAGGCAAACUUUAAUAAGCCUCUUUUAAGUCCUAAAACAGAUGAAGUAGAUGAUUUAGCUCAGCAAGAGCAAGACGUACUAUACAGGAGACUGAAGCUAUUUACGCAUCUGAGGCAGGAUCUGGAAAGAGUUAGGAACUUAUGUUAUAUGAUAACCAGGCGUGAAAAGAUGAAACACUCCAUGUGUCAACUUGAUGAGCAAAUUUUCCAGCUGCAGAUGAAACUCAUUGAGAAAGACCUUUGCCACGAAUCCAGAAAGAAGACGAAAGGAAAAAAAACAAGUUGUGUUGAAAAAAGGGAAAGAAGAGGAAAGAAAUCGGUUUUGGAGCACCCGGAUCUAACAUCAUCAUUCCCAAUAGAUGGAACAUUUUUUAGCAGCUGGUUGGCUCAGCCUGUUCAAAUCACCACGGAGAACAUGAAAAUGACUCAGUGGUCCUUAAACAAUGGCCACAAGGAGCACAAUGCCUCGGGUCUUCUUUCUGAAGAACUGUUACAGGAUGAAGAGACGUUGUUAAGCAUCAUGAUGGAUAACUCACUCAAGUCUCCUUUCGAAAAGAUGGAGGCUGUGAAGAAGGUGAAAGGCAAAAUAAGAGCAAAUGGAAAGAAAAAAACAAGAAACAGUCAUUGCACCAUUCCACAAGAUGACCAACUUGCUUUGUGGAAUGACUUGAAGUGCUUUACAGGUAAAGCAGAAAUGCCUUCCAGCCACAAUCACAGAACCAUCAGAACUGGUAAAGCAUCUGCCAAGGUACAAGUAGAGAAAAAAGGGCACAUUGACAAAAAGACCUUAAAGAAGGGUUCUGUGCAUUUACCUCUGCUGAAGACCAAGGACUCAAAAGGCUUUUCAGAUCUCAGUAAAGUAGACGGUGGAGAAAUAAAAAUGAAACAUGUUCAACCUGAGUCUAAUUCUCCUGUCAAAGUGCCUGACUCACUAGGUUGUGCAAAGUCAGUGGUGAGAGUUAGAUUACCAAAGGCCGGUAUGGAGUCACACAGUGAGAAUUCUGAAAGGGCAAAUGGACUUCAAGUUAAAGAAAUGCCGAAAGGAAAUUCCCAUUUAGACGUUGAAACUGAUGGCUACUACUCAGAUGUGGAAAUGACCGACUCUGAGGAAGAAUUGAGUCAAGGAAGAACACCGCUUAAACAGUUUGACCCCUCAAGUGAUGACAUUGUCCGUAUGAGCAUUUUGGCCUCUUAAUGUUCCAGCUGAAAAGAAACUGGAAUGUUUUAUGAUGCCUAAACCGUGACAUGACUGCCAUUUACAACGUUUGCCUGCUUUCAGCAGAGGUGUCUGUCUUAUGUAUAUAUAAUGUGUUUUACAUAUACGCAUAUAUGUAACACGUCUUUCCAGCACAGUUGUCUUUCUCUACCUGUAGACAUAAUAAGCCUCACAGACAUAGUUAAUUGUACUGUAGCUUUCCCUUUGUAGCUAACAUGCCUUUCCCAGCUAAAUGCAAGCAUGUACAUCAAGGGACAUGUUCUUCUUGUUCCACAGCAGGCUGUUAAAAGUUGAUAUGACUACAGCAGUAGUGGUUUUGGGCAUUACAUUUCUGACAGGACAACAGUACUUUGUUAGGAGUUAAAGUUUCUCGCAUCAUCAUUUAAUGAUACUAAGCGUUAAGUAAAAUAAGCAGACUGCUAAAAGUAGUUUAAAGCACAAAUACAAUGCUUAUUUGAAGAAAGCACUUAUUCUAUGUAGAGGAAGGCAACUUUUGCUAAUGUAAAAGUUUCUCUUGAACUCAUUAUCUUCCGUCCAGGGCUUUUUUGUUGGCCAUGAACAGAUGUAUAUACAGCAGAAGUGUGUGGCACUAUGAGUCAGUCCAGGCUCUCCUUAUCAAUACAUCUGCUGCGUCUGAUAGUGGAAUAUGCAAACAGCUAUUGGAAGAUAUUGGAGUUGGGUCCUCUAACAGCUGGUUGGAUUUACUUGCUCAGGUGGACAAACUAGGCUUCAGCUCUGUAGUUUGGCCAAGAGGGGAAAACAUAGGCAUUAGUUUUGUAAGAAGACAGUUCUUAUAAGGGAGCACGUGCGCCAUCUAUACUGGUAAGUAAAGGAUUAGGGUUCUCACAUGUAAUUCAUUAUUACUCAUCUGUAAUAGUGGGUGACUGUUGACAACCCUCAUAUUGUUUAGCAGUCUCUCUCAUGAUGUAAAGCUGCAUCAUAGAACCUUUAGUUUGGUUGAGUUCAGUCCACAUAAAUACUUUGAAUACUUUCAUCCUCUGGUUUUUGUUUUUCACUCCCUAAGGGAGAAAAAUUUGUAGAAAUUGUUUAACAUGGAUGACUGUACAGUUUUUGAGACUUCUAUUUAGAUCAGGGGGCUCCAUAAAAAC